AGUGUUUUAAUUGGUGGCCUUAAUGUGUUCUGAUCCAUGACCUUGAGGUUGAGAUUGAUAGAAUUAAUGGGUUGUAAUUGUUUUUUCAAAUUGAAGUCGUAUAUUAGAAGACCUUCCCCAGUUCAGUUUGAUCUGUUACAGGUUCAUAGGAGAAAUACAAAUAAAAUAUAGGAAUGUAUUGCCGCCUAGAAACAAAUUAGCAAAUGGGUUAGGUGAAAUGACCCACAAUGUCCCAAGGUCAACAUAUUAUCGAACCUAUUAAUGUCUCUGCCUUGUUGGCUGUUGCUUUCGGUUAUUGUCCAAUGAUAGCAAAUUACUGUGAAUGAAAUAAAAACAAGACAGGGAAGGAAUUUAUGAGAGUUUACGAGCCGCAAGUCUUUUAGUUGGGCAUCAGGAUCAUGUAAUUAAUUUUGAUUUAUGGCAUAGCCGUGUAGUUUGGUAAUCGGUACUAGAUGAUAGUAGGUUGUAUGUUAUUGAAGAAUGAUACCUGAAACCCUUAAAUUUUAUGACCAUCUCAUCAUUUCAGAACAAAAUUCAUCAAUGUUUAUCUAAAAAUAUUGAUCUAAUAAGUCUUAAGUCUUCUCUCUAGUACUCGUGUGCAUUAGAUGAUCAUCGUGGCUAUGCUCACAAUUCUUGAGAGGAUUGGGGAUAUAUUCAUUUCAUGGGUGCCCAUGUAUGGUGAGCUGAAGCUGGCACUCUUUAUCUAUCUAUGGUAUCCCAAAACCAAGGGAAGCGGCUAUGUCUAUGAAACCGUGUUGCGGCCUUUUGUGUCUAAGCGCGAACCAGACAUUGACAGGAAGAUGCAGGAGUGGAGGUUAAGGGCCUGGGAUUUGGCCAUUUUCUAUUAUCAAAACUGCUCCGAAUUAGGGCAGUCAGCAUUCUUCCAAGUCGUUGAGUACUUGAUGGGUCAGUCUGCAAGGUUCAAACACUCUCGCACAGAGAAAAAGGGCGAUAACAAUAAUUCAAGCACACAACAUCCACCUCCAAAUGUGCCAACAUUCGAUGGCACAGCCAACGGCAAUGGCAUGAAGUGGCCUCCGAUCCCAACUGCCCCACCAUUGCCCGGCACAACAAUCGACCGCAACGUGGCCGAGCCACCGAAAUCCAACCUGAUACAAGUCCUCCUCCACCAACAAAAGCAAAGAGACCAACAAUUGGAGCCCAGCCGCGCCACCUCCCCUACUAGCCCAAGGCAACACCAAGCUGGCCUAAAGUCUAGGCGCUCAAAACCACACAAUUGAGAAAGAGAGAGACAAAAGAAUUGUACAAAUUUGUAACAUAUAAAAAUAUUUAUAUAUAUAUAUAUAUAUGUAAAAAUUCAAAUUCAAUUCAUUUCAUUCUUUCCCUACCAUUGUAACAUACACACAUUAAUUACACAUAUUUCCUAUGCUAAAAAAGCCUUGUACUUUACGACAA